CUUACGAUUUACUAAAGUGAACCACGAGUUUAUAUCAUGUGUUCAUAGUAUCGGCUCACAUGGGAUCGGGAUGUAUUAUCUACAUGAAGAUAUUAUAUCAAAUACAGCUAAUUCAGAAGAAGAGCAAACUGAUUCUUCUAAGCAAGCAAUUGUGAGUCCUGAAGAUUACAUCAAACAUCCAUUACAAAACAGAUGGGCUCUGUGGUUUUUCAAGAAUGAUAAAAACAAAACCUGGCAAGCCAACCUGCGGCUUAUCUCUAAGUUUGACACAGUUGAGGACUUUUGGGCGCUUUACAAUCACAUUCAGGUAUCAAGUAAUUUAAUGUCUGGAUGUGACUACUCACUCUUUAAGGAUGGCAUUGAACCUAUGUGGGAGGAUGAAAGAAAUAAACAAGGCGGCCGCUGGCUCAUCACUCUUACCAAACAACAACGCAGAGCCGACCUGGAUCGCUUCUGGCUCGAGACGCUCUUAUGCCUUGUGGGUGAAGCAUUUGAUGACCACAGCGAUGACGUAUGUGGUGCUGUAGUCAACGUCAGAACAAAAGGAGACAAAAUUUCAAUAUGGACAACAGACUACCAGAACAAAGAUGCAAUAAUACACAUAGGACGUGUGUAUAAGGAUAGAUUAGGUGUGCCACCUAAAGUCAUCAUUGGCUACCAGUCCCACGCAGACACGGCCACAAAGAGCGGCUCCACCACCAAAAACAAAUUUGUGGUCUGAGAUCUGUUCCUGCACUGUUUAAG